AUGGUCGAAACAAUCAAAAUCGAAACAACAACAAUACCAAUAACAACAACAACCAUACUCAUUCUCCUCAUCCUACCUCUUCUACUUCUUCCUCUGCCUAUUCUUCUGCCUAUUCUUCUCCUUCGUCACAUUCUUCUCCAUCUCCCUCCCGUCGCCCCACUCGUCGUCACCAGACUGGCAGGGUGAGUCCGCUCACUCUGGCAGCCUGGAAUGUUCGUUCCCUUUUAGACAAUCCGAGAAGCAAUCGACCGGAAAGGAGGACAGCGUUAGUGGCACGAGAACUGGCGCGCUACAAGGUGGACAUCGCCGCACUCAGCGAGACCCGUUUCUCCGAACAAGGCCAACUGGAAGAGGUGGGAGCCGGUUACAUCUUCUACUGGAGUGGUCGACCCAGGGCAGAGCGACGAGACGCGGGUGUCGCCUUCGCUAUUCGGAACGACAUCGUGGGACGACUGUCCUGUAUGCCGCAGGACAUCAACGAUCGCCUGAUGAGCCUCCGUCUGCCUCUCCGGCGGGGGGGGGGCAAUUCGCCACCAUCAUCAGCACCUACGCUCCGACCAUGACCAACCCCGACGCCGUCAGAGACAAAUUCUACGAGGACCUGCACGCCCUCUUGGCGACUGUGCCGAAGGCGGACAUGUUGGUUGUCCUUGGCGACUUCAACGCCCGCGUCGGCACAGACCAUACUGCCUGGAGAGGAGUGCUGGGUCCCCACGGUCUCCGCGGCUCAAACGACAAUGGUCUGCUGCUCCGCACCUGCGCAGAACACUGCCUCAUCCUGACGAACACGUUCUUCUGUCUGCCGGAGCGAGAGAAGGCCACUUGGAGGCAUCCUCGGUCGCGUCAGUGGCACCUGCUGGACUAUGUCCUCGUCCGAAGGAGAGAUCAGCGGGACGUGCUGGUGACGAAGGCGAUCGCGGGUGCUGACGGGUGAACCGACCAUCGCCUCGUCAUCUCGAAGAUGCGUAUUCGCCUACAGCCUCGCAGGAGACCUCAAGGUAAGCGACCCCCAGGUAAGCUGAAUGUUGCCUUGUUGUCCUUGCCCGCUCACCAUCUCCAUUUCAGCAAUGAGCUAGCUCAACGGCUAGACAACCUCCCCAUCGCCGAUGCCGCCGCUGCCGAAAACUCCUCCGUGGAGAACCGCUGGUGUCAACUGCGAGACACGGUCCAGGCGACGGCGCUCACCGUCCUCGGUCGUGCUCCCCGCCAACACCAGGACUGGUUCGAUGACAACGACGCCGUCAUCAGAAAUCUGCUUGCUGAGAAGAACCGCUUACACAAAGCCUACGUCGAUCACCCCACUGACGACAACAAAGCUGCCUUCUACCGCAGUCGCCGACAGCUUCAGCAACGACUGCGCGAGAUGCAGGACGCCUGGACUGCUCGCAAAGCUGAGGAGAUCCAAGGCUACGCGGACCGCAACGAAUGGAAGAACUUCUUCUCUGCGAUCAAAGCUGUCUAA